AGAGAGAGAGAGAGAGAGAGGAAAGAGAGAGGAAAGAGAGAGAAGAGAGAGAGAAGAGAGAGAGAAGCCAGGGCAAGCAGGCAGACUGUGAGCGUGUGUGCAAAUUGUGAUGAGUAAAAGCAUUAGUCGACUCAGCUGUUGAUACAGCCCAGUGUGAGUGAGUGCAAGAGCGCGAGCGAGCGAGAGAGCGCGCAAGAGAGAGAGCGAGAGUGAGAGAGAGGGAGUGAGAGAAGUGAAAGGAAAAAAGGAAGGAAAGAAGGGGAAAGAAAAGGAUACCACAACUAUGCUGUGCUGUAUAAGAAGAACAAAACCGGUUGAGAAGAAUGAAGAUGCCGACCAGAAGAUCGAGCAGGAUGGCAACAAACCAGAGGACAAAGCCCAUAAGGCUGCCACCAAGAUCCAGGCCAGCUUCCGCGGACACAUAACGCGUAAAAAAAUGAAAGAUGGAGACAAGGAGGAGGAGGGAGAGGAAAACACCCCAGAGGCCACCACAGAGGAGGCAGCCACUGCUGAGGGCGAGGAGAAGAAGGAGGCCAUGUCUCCCGUGGCCGAGAAGGCCGAGGAGGCAGCGGCAGAGUCCGCCGAGCCGGCAGCGGCCAACGACACCGCCGCAACCGAAAAAGCCAAAAGCCCCGUCACGGACAAGCCGGCCAACCCUCCGGCUGCGUCUCCGGCCUCCUCACCUGCUGCCGCCACGGCUCCGUCCGAGCCCGCCAAGGAGGAGGAGGUCAAGCCGGAAGACAAGUCCCAGGAGGCGGAGAGCAAAGACGCUCCCGCGGCCGCCGACAAGAAGGAAGAUGAGGGGGAAAAGGGGGAGCCCACAGAAGCCGAUGUGCCUGCUGCUGAUGCCAGCGAGACAGCCGAUUGUGAGGAAACAAACCAAACACAAGAGAAAAAAGAUGCGGCCGAAGAGUCUAAGCCGGCAGAGGAGACCCCCUCGGAUGCAGCAAAGGCGGAAGAGAAAGUUUAAAAGAGGAAAUUGAAAAGAAAUUAAGAUGCUUACAAAUACUUAACAAAAAAGGUUGCUCUUUGCCAUCGUUGCAGGUUUGCAAAGACAGUCUGUUUUUAAUUUGUUUGGUCUUCUGUUCUUUUUUGUGUGGCAAUGAUUUUCUUAGAGUGGAGGAGUUUCCAGUCAUGGCCAUUUGACUCAAGCUAGGAGUGAAAAGUGAUGGCAAUGACUGCCUCUACAUGCAAAACUCAUCUGUGAGGAAUAAAUACUAUAUGAUAAUAUAAUAUUAAUAAUAAUAUUCAUAAUAAUAAUGAUGAUGAUAAUAAUAAUAUUCGAGGAAAACAGCUCCAGCAUUCAUUUCAACCUAACCAAAGGACUGGUCAUUCUAUCAUUCAGCUUGAUAUAGCCUGGUUUACUCUUUCAGUAGUAACAACUUCUCAUUUACAGUACAGUAGUAUAGCUGAACCAUUAUUAAACAUGAAGUAAGAAAAAAAGAAGAAAAAAAUGGAACACUUUCAUUCAAACACAAACAUGGCUACUCCUGCUUUUCAUUUGCCAACAUUUCAUGAAUAGCUUGAACCAUUUUAGAAAAAAUAAAAAAAUAAAAAAUAAAUUGCAUGGGAACUCCUCCAUUGAGGAGAACUUUUGGCAGUCACCAUACAAAAAUGAGAAAAAGUGUGGCUUCUUUUUGAUGUCCUUGGUGUUGUUAUGACCGUUUGAUAUAAAUUGGAAUUAUACCUGCACUGAUGUUAAAAAAUAAGAAAAACAAACAAACAAUUCAAAAAAACAUUUUCCUAUGUUCAAGUGAGUGCAAUGUCAAGUUUGAAUCUAAGGAGUUAAAUUGUGGAAAUAAAAAAAAUGGUUUCAAUGUCUGUUUUCAAAAUAAAGAAAUGUGCCAAUUA